AGGAGUUGUAAAAUAUACAAAGUUCGCAUUGGUUUAGGGGGUUUACCUGCUCUGUGACACGUAACAGUGCAUUUUAUGAUGAUACAACCCAACGACAACGAAAGGUUUGUGACGUCACGAUCAGCACCCCAUAGCAUGUUAAGUUACGCCUCCGGAAAUCGCUAUUCCGAAACCGGAAUGCCAGAAGCAAGGCACAGCAAUAGAUACAGUUUAACGAUGUCCACACACCCGGAAUCGGUAGAGCUUUCGCCAGUCGAUAAAAAGCAAAACACAAACGACCUAAGAAACGAACACGUUGUAGAUGAUAUGCCGAACAACAGAAAAGAGGAAAAUGAAGAAAGACCACUAAAACCAUCGGAUUUUGUAUUUUUUGCAUCCAAUUCAACAUUCCAUGGUAUCAGCCAUAUUUUUACUGAUGGAAAAUUUACAUUGCGCCGGGCACUGUGGGCAGUUGCCUUCUUCUCGUCGCUUUCUUUAUUCCUUGUUCAGGCAUACGACCGAUUCAUCUAUUAUCGUUCCCACCCUCAUGUUACUAAGUUAGACGAAGAAGAAGCAAGCGAAAUUAACUUCCCAGCUCUCACAAUAUGUAACAUGAAUUCCUUUCGACUCUCUGCUAUAACAACCGAUGAUUAUUAUUACGCUGGGCAAUAUAUGUUUGAUAUAUUUGACAAUCAGUACAAUUUAAAGCCGAGUGGUUAUCGGGACAACAAAACGUGGCCAUAUGUAUUGGAUAAGAUACGACCCAUCUUGGAGCAAAAUAACGACUACCAGCCAACUAAACAGGACUUCAGUAUGUUUGAGUUUUACAACCGUACUGGUUACAAAGUUGAAGGCAUGGUUAAAAUGUGCAAAUAUAGAGGAAUUAAUUGCACAAACAUGAACGACUGGUCGGAGGUGUACACGAGGUAUGGGAAAUGUUACACAUUCAACUCUGGAGUGAAACAACCACCGCUUAAAACUUUGAAAGGCGGAGUCGACAACGGACUGGAACUUCUGCUUGAUACUCAACAGAACGAGUACAUGCCCGUGUGGAAGGAAACAGAUGAAAUUACAAUCGAAGCUGGGUUCAAAGUUCAAAUUCAUGUUCAAUCUGAACCCCCAUUCAUCCAUGAGCUCGGAUUCGGCAUUUCUCCCGGAUUUCAGACCCUGGUUUCGACGCAGGAACAGAGGAUCACAUUUCUACCGAACCCGUGGGGAAAAUGUAGGAACGGAUUCGAUAAAUCGGAACAUUAUCAUUUUCCAAACUACAGCAUCUCUGCUUGUAGAAUAUCAUGCGAAACAUUGUACGUUUAUCUACACUGCAACUGCAGGAUGAUACACAUGCCAGGUAAAGAGCGUUACUGCACCCCAGAGGAGUACAAGACAUGCGCCGAUAAAGCGUUGGACUUUCUUGUGAUGACAGACGAUCAACUGUGUGUGUGUGAAACUCCGUGUGAAGUCAUCAGAUACAACCUGGAAAUGUCGACGCUUCAGCUCCCGAGCACGCAAGCUUCCAGUUAUUUGGCUUAUAAAUACCAAGUAUCGGAGGACUAUGUGAGAAAAAAUUUCGCAAAGUUGAAUAUAUUUUUUGAGGCUUUGAACUAUGAAACUAUUGAACAGAAGGUGGCGUACGAGAUCCCGGGUUUGUUUGGUGACAUCGGGGGGCAGAUGGGUUUAUUCAUUGGUGCAAGCAUUCUUACGAUUCUCGAACUCGUUGAUUAUUUCUAUGAAGUCGUAAAGGAUAGGACAUGGGGUAGAAAACUGCGCAAGAAUACAGAUAGGAGUCCAACAAGAGAAGAAGCCAACAACAAAACCGUGUCAGAGAGUGGAUCCGGUGAUAUGAACAACGGGUUCACCAUGCCAAUCAUGCAGUAUACGGCACCGCAAGUAACAAGUAGAGAAGAUACCUUGGCUUGCAAUGAGAAACCGUCAUCAUUGAGUACAUGCGGCCAUCUUACACCCCUCCAGGAGUUUCAAACAUCAUCUUGCAGCAAUGAGCCAACUUCCCGACCUGGGUUUCGAACCCAGCCUGGAGAUUUUCGCAGCCUACCCCCGCCCCCGUCUCAAUACCUCGGGAAUUCUUUAAUGACCUUGAGAGAGAAUAAAAACGAAGGUCGAAGAUUUGAAAAUGCUCCCAACAAUGUUACAAGGCGUCUUGCUCCACGUGGAGGACGAGAGGCAAGCAUGAGUUACAACGACAUCUACCGGGCUCCGGAAGAAGGGUGGCCGAACGGCGGCAGCGGUAGCGAUGCGGCACCGACAUUGAGAUAUACCGCGAACCGAUGCGGGAAUUCGACGCGCGAAACCCCGCCACCCACCUACAAAUCCAUGGUCCCAGUCACACAGCCAAGCCGGCCGUCUAAUUUCUAUUCAACAAGCGGUGACAAGCAAAAUGCCAUGGGAAGCCCAACUCGACCUCUCCCUAAUCUCCGCGAGUUUCCAGCAUCCAUCGAGACAGAUAUUCAUUAAAUAAACACGAAAACAUUUUUAUGAUUUCCGUGGCAACACUUCCGCAAAAAAACUUAAAACGGAAACACUGUUUGAAACAGAUGCUUAUCGGUGCACGACGCCGCUUGACACAAACUGCUUAACCACCUAAAUGUAACUUGACUGAAUUUGUACAAACUUGUUCUUCGUCUUUUCGUUUUCAUUUCUAUUCUGUAAAUUUCAUUGGCUUUCGAUGUCAACAGCGCCACGUAGUGGUAGAUAACAUGUGUCGCUUGUAUUUUAAA